AUGGCUUCAUUUCCUGUCCUACAAGAAGAGACGUUGUUCCAAAAGGGAUUCUGGAGCUAUCGAAUCCCAGCCCUGCUCUAUGUGCCACAGUCCUGUACUAUCCUGGCAUUUGCUGAGGAGCAGGAGGAUGAGGUGGAUGAACACGCCAAGCUGAUAGCAAUGCGCAGAGGCACAUGUGAUGGGACUACCCACCGUGUUCAGUGGAAUAAAAUGGAGACCAUUGUCAAUGCGCAGCUGGAGGGCCACCGUUCCAUGAACCCAUGUCCUGUGUAUGAUGAAGUCACUGGGAACCUCAUUCUGUUCUUUAUAGCUGUCCAAGGAAAGGUCUCUGAAAACUACCAGACAAAGACCAACUUGGUUCAUCUGUGCCAGGUCACCAGCACUGAUAAUGGGUGCUCCUGGAGCCCUGCGAAGGAUCUCAAUGAGACUGUCAUUGGCACAGCACACAAGGACUGGGCCACCUUUGCAGUGGGACCAGGCCACGGUUUACAGUUGCUCAAUGAAGCUCGGAGUCUCGUGAUUCCUGCCUACGCCUAUCGGAUACUUGAUCCUGGGAAAAAACCCACCCCAUAUGCCUUCUGCUUUGUUAGUUCUGACCAUAGGAAUACCUGGGCAAUGGGGAACUUUGUGGCAAAGAAGAGUGCUCUGGAGUGCCAGGUAGCUGAAGUGCACAGCCAAGGAGAGAGGGUGCUGUACUGCAAUGCUAGAAGCAGCCAGGGAGCCAAAGUCCAGGCUGUGAGCUUCAACCAUGGGAUGGAUUUUGAUGGUGGUCAGCGGAUUGAGAAGCUGGUAGAACCUCCCCAUGGCUGCCAUGGGAGUGUUACCGGCUUCCCAAGUCCUGCUAACAUGAAUCAGGACAGCUGGGUGCUCUACUCUCACCCCACAGACCCAGCUGGGCGGAGAAAUUUAGGAGUGUACCUCAAUAAGUGUCCCUUAGAUCCCGCAUGCUGGACAGGACCCACUCUCAUCUUCAAUGGCCUGUGUGCUUAUUCAGAUCUGCAGCACAUGGGGUAAGGCCCUGAUGGCUUCCCACUGUUCUGCCUGUUUGAGUUUAGCACCAGCUCACAAUACAAAGAGAUUGUCUUUGUUAUGUUCACUUUGAAACAAGCCUUUCCAUCCGAGUGCUGAGCCACAGUGGACAGGCCCAUUCAGUGUCCGCCUGAGAACCACUUUAGCUGACACUUCACUGUCAUGUCUCACCUGUCAGCAAAUGGCUUUUAUCCUCUGCCUUUGUUCUGGCUGAGAAGCCAUAUGAAAUGGAUUGCUUUUCUUUUGCUGUUUCCUCCUCCACCCCUUCCUGCCUGGCUGCCUUUUUUAACAUCAAAUAGCAAGAAUGAAUGUGAUUUUUCAUAUAGCGCCAUUCAGACUCACCAGCGCAGCCAGAGUGUGGGCUGAUGUGGUGACCGUUACCCCUACCCAACAUUAUUUAAUAGACUGCCUGGGAUGCUCCUCUGAAGUGGACAUCAUUGGAAUCCCCUGUGCUUUGCAAUAAUGCCAUCCUUACUUUUACCCCUUAUUCCUCCCCUGCCCCUGUCUCUCCUGAAAUUCUUCUCUGGGCCAUCAGUACAUUGUGUUCUGAAAACCGCACCUCCCUGUUCUCUCAGCUUCUGGGGAGCCAGGAUGCUGUGGCCGGAUUGCUCUCUUUCUCAUAUCAUACUAUGCCAUCCUCUGUCGUCUUCCCUGGCUUCCUACCCAUUUCUGGAUCAUAGAAUCAUAGGACUGGAAGGGAUCUUGAGAGGUCAUCUAGUCCAGUCCCCUGCACUCA